UAUUAUAUUUGUAUUUUAUUAUGACAGAUUAUUUAAUUAUGUAUAAGUGAAAAGAGUUCCUAAAAUUACCAAACUAUAUCUUGUAUUAAUUAUUUGUAAUUUGGUAACUUAAAAUGGGUUUGAAAAACACGACUUUCAAUGUUUUUCUAAGUUGUUGCGUUAAUUCCUUUUUAAUGGAAAUAUUGAUGGCAAAAGCGCCUGAAUGUGCCAACUUUGUUACGUUUUUGCAAUUCUUAUUCAUAUCAAUACAGGGAUUUUUAUUUAGAACAUUUAAUGUGUUUAAUCCCAACAUUCCAUUCAAGAGUUAUUUCAUAUUAAUUGCUUUAUUUUUUGUGACGAGUGUGGCUAAUAAUUAUGUAUAUGCCUUGCAUGUGCCAUCUACAUUACAUAUGAUAAUAAGAUCUGCAUCAUCUCCUGCAAGUAUGUUAGUCUCAUGGUAUGCCAAGAAUCGUGUCCCCAAGCUGACCGCUAUUAUUGGUUCUAUUCUGAUCAGUAUGGGAGUGGCAUUAGCGAUGUAUGGUGGUGCGACAGUAGUAGAAAAUAAUGGAACUUUUAUACAUUGGUGCUUUGGUAUUGUUAUAUUGCUAUCAACAUUAAUAUUGGGAGCAUUUACUGGACUGCAACAGGAAAUUUUAUAUUCCAGUUAUGGAAAGCAUCCUGAUGAGAUGCUGUUCUUCACUCAUUGUAUACCCUUACCCUUGUUUUUGACAAUCUACCUGCAGUUGAAAAAUAUUGCCUUUUCUAUGUCUAGUUAUUUGUGGUUAAUUCUUGCAUUGAACAUUGUAUCUCAAUUCUUCUGUGCUCAUUCCGUCCACGAUUUAGCUACGAAGGAGAAUUCUGUUACCGUUACAUUUAUAUUGACAAUAAGAAAAUUUAUAUCUUUGUUAUUAUCUAGUGUAGUUUUUAAGAAUAAUUUGACAAUUUUACACGUGUUCGGAACUAUAUUAGUUGUUGUUGGCACUUAUAUUUAUUUUGAUUGCUUUAAAAGCAAGAAGCAAAGACCGGUUAGUUUGAAAAAUGACUGAUAUUAGGCUGUGAAUUGUCUUCUGAUUGUUUUAUAGAAAUAUUUCCUCAGUGUGGUAGUUUUUUUUAAUUAUUUUAAUUUUAUAGAAAAAUGUAAUUAAAUGUUAUUGAUAUUAAUUUGAUUAGUAGCAGUAUAAUUCGUUAUUUAGUGAAAUAUACAGGUUUUUAUGUAGUAAAUGUUACAUAAUUGUGAAUCUCUUAUAACAUUUGAUGAAAUAUGUGAAAAAUCCGUCCAAAAGUAGUUUUAAAAUCAUGUAUUUACUAGAAAUUAUUUACAAUCUCUGUAUC